UUUUUUCUAAAACAAAAAAAAUAAGACAUGUUUUUUGUAGACCACACUGUAGUCGUGUCACUCGCGUGAUAUUCGAAGUGUCAAAGUCCCUGGCAGACAGACAGAUUCAAGAAUUGUAACGGAGGAGGUAUACUUGACCCUCAUAGGAAUUACAUAUAUUCUACAGAGCAACACAUGAUUUUUUACAAAAAAAAAAGACACUUGACAGUAGAAAGAUAAUAAUAAAAGAAUUGAAAUUCGUCAUCAAAUGGCAUUGUCAAGGACAACUUUCGAACGUUUUUUACGUUUGUACCUCAAUGCGGAAGGAAGGAGAUCUCAUUCGAUACUGAUAAGUAAAACUCUACUGAGUCCAGAGACAGUGCUAGCAACAAAAAAUCGUGAAUCAUGUGUUAGGAAGUUGAAACUUUAUCCAACUAUGAAAGUUCACAAAGAAACAAGAAUGGCUGCAGUACUAGUGCCGCUUUGCAGUUACAAAGGCGAGCUCGGUCUUCUUUAUACUCUUAGAUCAAGAAAAUUGAGUUCAAACAAAGGACAAGUUUCAUUCCCUGGUGGCAUGAAGGACGACAAUGACAAAAGUUUGGAAGUGACAGCACUCAGAGAAACAUGGGAAGAACUGAGGAUACCUGAGAGCCAAGUGGAUGUUUGGUCUCAAACCAAUAUCAUAAGUCGCAAAGAUUUAAGCGUGCUGCCAAUAUUUGGUUACAUUGGCCAAGUAGAUCCUGAAAAUUUGGCUAUCAAUCAUGACGAAGUCGAAGAGGCAUUUGUCAUAAGCCUAGAAAAUUUGUGCAAUCCUGAACACUUUCGCUUCACACAAUUUCGUAAUGGUAUGACACUGCCAGUUUACCUGGGAGGUAAACAUCGUGUGUGGGGAUUGACAGCAGCUAUAACUCACAUGAUAAUGAAAGCCUUGGUACCUGAAGUUUACAAAAACAAAUUGGAAAUUCUGCCGAAACUAGAGUCAACGAAGUGCUCUAAUACAGCACAAAAUCAGAAAUCUAUUUAUGACUUCAUAAGAUAAAUGCUCAAUGUAUAGCAUUAUAUGCCUGUAACUAUAUAUAUCUCCAUUAAUAUAAACCACUGUUUAAUUUA